ACAUAAACAAAAAAAAAAAAAGCUGUCUUUGCUUUUGCGUUUCCUUUCUAUCGGUCUCUGAUUUCUCGCCGAUAAGUCAGUAUCGUUCUGGCUCCUUUUUGAUCCCAAGUGAAAUGAAAAAUUUCCCUCUUUCUUCUCUCUCUCUCUCUUUUUUUUUAGAUGAAGUGGGAGUUUGGAUUCCCUUUCGCCAAACAUUCUGAUUCUCUCUCUCUUUCUCCUUUUUGUUUUGGUUGAGUUUGAUCUUUCAUGGUGAAGAUUCAUCAUUUACUGAGAUGUGGAAGAAGAAGAAAUAGCUGACAGAGGAAAAUUUUUGUGUUUUCUUAGUUUCGUUGGGAAUUUAAGUGCAAGUUAGUUAGUUACCUGUGGUUGUAUUGGAUUUUUGUUUGCUUUUCUAAGCAUUUAAGCUGAUUCCUUUAAGUGAAAUGAUCUUGCAAGUAUUGGCAAUGUUUUGGAGCUAAAGCUGGUUUUUGUAGAAGAGGAUUGAAAUAUGGUGUAGAGGUAUAUGGUUAAUUUUCUAUCUGGAAGAGAACAAGUGAUUGGAUUUGCUAAAGGAACCGUUUUUACUAUUCAUUCUCAGCAAAAAUGAAGGUUCCUCCAAAUGGGUAUAUGCCUAAUUCUGCAGAAGGAGAAAGGAAGACUAUUAAUUCGGAGUUAUGGCAUGCUUGCGCGGGGCCAUUGGUUUCUCUGCCUCCAGUUGGAAGUCUUGUAGUUUACUUCCCUCAAGGCCACAGUGAGCAAGUUGCAGCGUCGAUGCAAAAAGAGGCUGAUUUCGUACCAAGCUAUCCCAACCUUCCUUCCAAGUUGAUUUGCAUGCUUCAUAAUGUCACAUUGCAUGCUGAUGCAGAAACUGAUGAGGUCUAUGCUCAGAUGACCCUUCAACCAGUCAGCAAAUAUGACAAGGAAGCAUUACUGGCUUCUGAUAUGGGCCUCAAGCAAAGCAGGCAACCUACUGAAUUCUUCUGCAAAACUCUAACAGCUAGUGACACAAGCACACAUGGUGGAUUCUCUGUCCCUCGACGAGCCGCUGAGAAGAUUUUCCCACCACUGGACUUUUCAAUGCAACCACCUGCGCAGGAGUUGGGAGCCAAAGAUUUACAUGACAAUGCAUGGACGUUUAGACAUAUUUAUCGCGGUCAGCCGAAAAGACAUCUGCUCACUACAGGCUGGAGUGUCUUUGUUAGCACAAAACGACUAUUUGCUGGUGAUUCUGUUUUAUUUAUAAGAGAUGAAAAGUCACAGCUUCUUUUGGGUGUAAGGCAUGCUAAUAAACAACAGUCAGCGCUCUCUUCAUCAGUCAUAUCCAGUGACAGCAUGCAUAUCGGAAUUCUUGCUGCUGCAGCUCAUGCUGCUGCUAAUAACAGCCCAUUUACCAUAUUUUACAAUCCAAGGGCAAGCCCUUCUGAGUUUGUUAUUCCCUUCGCCAAGUAUAGUAAAGCUAUGUAUACACAAGUUUCAGUGGGCAUGAGAUUCAGAAUGAUGUUUGAGACUGAGGACUCGGGAGUGCGUAGAUAUAUGGGCACUAUCACUGGCAUCAGUGAUUUGGAUCCAGUGCGAUGGAAAAAAUCACAGUGGCGCAAUCUUCAGGUUGGCUGGGAUGAAUCAGCUGCUGGUGAACGGCCAAGCCGAGUUGGAAUUUGGGAGAUUGAGCCUGUAAUAACUCCUUUCUACAUUUGCCCCCCUCCAUUUUUCAGACCUAAGUUCCCUAAGCAGCCAGGGAUGCCAGAUGAUGAGUCUGACAUUGAGAACGCUUUUAAAAGAGCCAUGCCUUGGCUUGGAGAUGAUUUUGGCAUGAAAGAAACCCCAAGCUCGAUUUUCCCUGGUUUGAGUUUAGUUCAGUGGAUGAGCAUGCAACAAAAUAAUCAGUUUCCAGCUGCUCAAGCAGGAUUUUUCCCACCCAUGCUUCCUUCCAAUGCCCUGCAUAGUACCCUUGGCUCUGAUGAUCCCUCAAAGUUACUGAAUUUUCAAGCCCCUGGCCUGUCUGUACCAAGUCUCCAGUUUAACAAAGCAAAUCCGCAAAACCAAGUUGGCCAGCUGCCACAGCCAUCUAUGGCAUGGACUCAACAGCAGCAGCUGCAGCAAUUCUUGCAGACCAAUAUCAGCCAACAGCAGCCAGCUCAGCCUCAACAGCUGCAGCAGCAGCCUCAUCCACAACAGCAGCAGCGUCAGGAACCACAGCAACAGCAGUUGAGCCAACAGCCGCAGCCAGAGAUUCAGCCUCGACAAAUACGACAACAGCAUCCACAAUUAGAGCAACAGCAGCAGCAACAAAUAUUCCAACCUCCUGUAAAUAGUGGUGUUACUGCUAACUCAAUUUCAAAUCAAAAUUUGCAGCAACCGAUGGUAUAUUCUCAACUUCAACAGCAGCAGCAGCAGCAGCUACUGGCAAGCAAUACCCAAUCCCAAAAUAUACCCCCUGCUAAUAAGAGUUCAUAUCAGCUGUCGUCUUUGCCACAAGAUGCUACACUCCAGCAACAAAUGGAGCAGCAAUCUACCCUCUUACAGAGGCAACAGCAGCAGACACAAUUGCAGCAGUCCCCACUUCAGCUGUUACAACAAAACCUGUCACAUAGAACACAACUACCACUGCCACAGCAGCAAGUGCAACAGCUAUCCCAGCCCAGCCUCUCUGAGCAACAGCUUCACUUGCAGUUGCUGCAGAAAAUGCAGCAACAGCAGCAGCAGCAGCAGCAGUUGCUUUCCCCUACGAGCUCACCUUUGCAGCCUCAGUUGCUACAGCAACAGCUGAACCAUCAACAAAACCAGCAGUUCCAGCAGUCACCUGUUUCGCAGAGUCAGCCACAGGGUAGCAAUAGCUUCUCAACGGCAGCACUCGGACAAUCACAAUCCUUUCCCGUUUGUCAUUCCCAUGUGCUACAGAAGCCACCUACUACAAAUAGAGCCCAUUCCACUCUUACAGAUGGAGAUGCUCCAUCUUGUUCAACCUCACCCUCCACUAAUAACUGCCAAAUCUCUCCAUCAAAUUUUAUGAACAGAAACCAAGAAUCACCGGCAAUAUUGAUGGGGGACCAAGUGGUUGAGCCUGGAACUAAUCUGGUUCAGGAGCUAAAUAACAAGUCUGAUAUUCGAGUUAAACACGAGUUUCAAAGUUCAAAAGGGUUAGAGCAACUAAAAUACAAAGGUACAGUACCUGAUCAAUUGGAAGCCUGUUCUUCAGGAACAUCAUAUUGCCUAGAAGCUGGCAACAUCCAACCAAAUUUCUCGCUCCUCACCUAUGGUUUGGAUGGUGAUAUCCAAUCACAUCCUAGGAACAGUAUGCCUUUUGCAGCUAAUAUUGAUAGCUUGGCACCUGACACUUUGUUGUCAAGGGGAUAUGACACUCAGAAGGAUAUUCAAAACCUGGUAACUAAUUAUGGUGGGACUCCAAGAGAUAUUGAGACAGAGUUGUCCACUGCUGCGAUAAGCUCUCAAACUUUUGGGGUGCCAAACAUACCCUUCAAGCCUGGAUGUUCCAAUGAUGUUGCAAUAAAUGAUUCUGGGGUUUUGAAUGGUGGAUUGUGGGCCAACCAGACUCAACGCAUGCGAACAUAUACAAAGGUUCAAAAGCGUGGCUCUGUUGGAAGAUCUAUUGAUGUAACCCGAUAUAGAGGGUAUGAUGAACUUAGACAUGAUCUAGCUCGCAUGUUUGGUAUUGAAGGGCAACUAGAAGAUCCACAAAGUUCUGACUGGAAGUUGGUUUACGUGGAUCAUGAAAAUGACAUACUACUUGUUGGAGAUGACCCUUGGGAGGAGUUUGUAAGCUGUGUUCAGAGCAUAAAGAUAUUGUCAUCUGCUGAAGUGCAGCAAAUGAGUUUAGAUGGAGAUCUUGGUAGUGUGCCAGUUCCAAAUCAAGCCUGCAGUGGGACUGACAGUGGGAAUGCAUGGAGAGGGCACUAUGAUGAUAACUCAGCUGCCUCAUUUAAUAGAUAAGGCAUUUAAAUUGAGAUAGAAGCUGCUAAUGAACUUCACGUGACGGUUUCCUCGACCCUUGAGCAAGGGCAGUUGCCACCGUCAUGGCCUCCAUCGAUUCGAAAGAUGAAACAAGUCGAACUUCCUUCAGGUACUCUGAUGACAAAAGGGAAUGUUCGGACGGAGAUGACAUUGUAGUCUUCAUGCGAUCUCUUCACCAUGUAUGCCGCUGGAAGUUGAGCACUUUAUGAAUUAUGAACUUCUGCAUGCAAAGGACGCAGCUGUAUAUAUUUUGUCUCAACUUUUGGCUUUCUAGUGAUAGAUGUAAGCAGUUUGGUUAAAUGCAAGAGGAAGAAGGAUUUUGAUGUACAUUAGAAAGCAAGAACAAAAUGAUGAGAUGUAUAAUACGACGUUUUAUUCAAUUUGAAGUUCAAUCUAACAAAACAAUUCCUUGUAAAUGUUACGAUGGAAAACAAUAUCUCGA